AUGGCUGCUCCGGGCGCCGCCCUCGGCCCGACUCCGACUGUUUUUGACAACUCGAGCGCCUGGCACAACUUCACCCUCUGGACCCUGCAGCACUUCAACGUCACCCGCUAUGCUCCGUCUCUCGAGGAUCUCAUCUUUGCAGGCCCUCGCAUGCUCACAAAGCUCGGCUCCAUCAUCUCCCUUCCCGACGCCAUCGAUGGCUUUGGCCAGCGCGUGAUCCCUGACGCCACCGGCUCCGACUACUUCCUUACCACCACUCCAGCCGUCGCCGUCUUUGGCAGCGAGGGCAUAGCUGCUGCUGCUGUCGCUGGGGCCGAGGCUUCCGUGGCUGCUGUUGCUGCCGAAGUGAUGGACGCCGACACAGACCCGACCGCAGUCAUGUCGAGGUUCUCCCUCGAAGGCGCCAGAGGUCUAGGCAGCGUAUUCAGCUAUGCGACGAGCAAGUGGGCAUUGAGCUGUGUUGCCAUGGCUAUCAUAUUGAACCGAACACACAUCUUCGCUGCAUCUCGCCGCAGGCUCCGAUUGACGUGGCAUAUUCGCCUCUUUCUUCGAUUCCUCCCGAUCGUCCUCUUCUCGCUUCAGGCUGUCCAGCUGCUUCGCUCGAUACAAUGCCAGACUUCUCCCGACUUUGCCGAAAUGCGCUGGGGUAAUUCCAGCAAAUCCUCUGAGCUCAUGUUUGCGCAAGACGGCGGAUAUCUCCACAGCGUCAGCUCUAUGCUUCUGCUUGGAUCAAGCGACUAUGAGAGCUGUCGUGCUGUGUCGAUGGUGCCGUCCAAGUCUUUCGAGUUCUCCAAUGAACUCCGAGGUUCUCUCUCACGCCUCUGGCCUCUAUUCGGCACACUUUGCUUCAGUCAUUUCGUCGAGACCAUCUCUUGCGCCUUGCAAGGACGGCCUGUAGCCGUCGAGACCGGCAUGACUCUGUUCGAGCAUUCGCUAGCGUUCGCGGAAGCUGAUGCCGCUAUCAGUAAUCAGCUCGGCUGGGGCCUGUUUUCUAACGGCUCCACGACAAAUCCCACCAUCCAGACUGCUUCAGGGGCCAACAUUGCCAUUUCACGAUCUAUGAUCAUGAGGCGGGUGAACACGCCACCCGAGGUUCUAAUGGUGGGGUUCUUGUCAGCCAUGAGCCAUUUGACAAGCCACGUCCUGGGUGUGUUUGGUGUGCAGAGCAAGUAUCGCCUCUAUAGCACGGGGCUGUGGGCUAUGUGCUUCAUGGUCACCAUCGUGUUUGAGGCGUAUAGAUUCUCCCUUGAGAGCCCUACUAUGAUGGGCUUGUUCAGGUACCCGACGGUCUGCAUUCUUGGCUUUGUGCCACAUGUUCUUGUGCUGGGAGGCAUUCUGGUGUGCGCUGUCAUAUACGGGUUAGCAUUGGUAGUGGCCGCCCUAUCACCUUCCCCGGGCGAAGCACAGUGGACUUUCCGGGCUCGUCUCCGGCAAGCACACGAGAACAUGCAGGCGAACAUCUCGCUCUCAGAGAUCCGCAUAACGCGCGAGAUGGACUUUUACACGGCACUUCUGCGAACAGGCUUUGGCGUUAUCACCAUGGCGAGUGAGGCGGUGUAUCUGAACGAGGAUCGCAACGUCAACCUAAAGGCACGAACCUGGCUAGAGGAAGAACGGUAUCGCGAACUGGACUCUCUGCGGAUGCAGUGGGCUACUUCUGGCGACGGGAGUUCGCGAUUUGACUCUGUGGGGACGAUUGGUCUGGUCCCAGUAAAAGACGGCCAGGUCGGCGCUUCGAAUGGCUUCGCACGUGAGCGGGCUGCACAGAAGAUUCCCAAGAGCAAGCUAGGCGACCGGCGUUCGAGGGACGGCGUCGGCGCUUCGGAACGCAGCAACAGAUGGCUCCUGGCUCUAGAGUUUGUCAUGAACAUCAAUAAGCUCGUGCUGCGGUCUGGAGCUGUCGUGCUCAUCAAGGUCUUGUCUACCAUUGGCGUACCCACUCCUCGUUGGCUCACCUGGUGCGCCAGCAUAGGCAAGCCGGCAAAGAAGGACGAGCCAAGGUCAUCGGGUUCAACGCGAUCCAGAAAGACCCGUCUCACGGACAGCCAGGGCCGGUCCUAUCUCCUGAAUGACGAGAAUGCUGAUUUUGAGGCUGAGGUCUGCAAGCAACUGGAGCAAUCUCCCGAGACUGCAUCUUUGGGCCGUGAAGAGAUCGAUGCCCGUCUCUACAACGCAUGGAAGAAGGGUAGCCUUUGGGGCAAUACCGAUACCAGCGGUGACUGGGAGCCGGAAGAGCGGGAUGAUGAUUGGGACUCUACCAGCAUGAUCUACAGUGUGGCGGAUACCGAAGCCGAAUCGAUAGACGAGCGAGAUGCAUGGAUGGACUACGAAGAGGAAGAUGGUGCCGAGGGUCAGCGCACGCCGACCCAGAGGUCACCGCGAGCCUCGAGGGAGAGCACGCCUUUCGACCAACCUAUCGGCAUGGACGAUCUGGCACGCCUGCUGCACCCACAGAGCCCAGAGGAGCGCCAAGAAGCCCACACACUUGCCGCCCAUCUCAGCAGCGAACGGAUUCUUACGAGAUCACAAUAUGCGAAACUGCAGCAAAUCCAGCGCACGAAGAUCCUGCUCAACUCUACCGUCGCACGCCGCGCGGCAGAUCUGCCACCUCCCUAUGUGAACGCGAAGCUAUCCCCUCACGAUGAGGCUGAGCUCCUCGAGCAGCUCAUCAUAGCCCGGCGACGAAUGCAUUUCAUGCAGAGUCUUCCGUCGGCUUCAAGUCCUCAGACAGAGCCCAAGGAGACCACUUACGGCGAGGAUGACGGGCUGGGCACGGGCGCGCCUGUGUGCGUUGUUUGCCACACGAGCCCGCGAAGCAUCAUUGUCUGGCCGUGCCGUUGUCUCAGUCUCUGUGACGAGUGCCGUGUGACGCUGGCCAUGAACAACUUUGACAAGUGUGUAUGCUGCCGACGCGAAGUCAUCAGUUUCAGCAGGAUCUACGUUCCCUAG